AUGACCGGAAUCAAACAAAAAUUCAACGACUGGAAGACAUUAGAGGGUGCUAUCUUCAGUGAGUUAGAACGUGGAAGUCCUUCGGAGCUAGCCUUUAAGUACGGAAUUUAUCGUUUGAACAGAGACCGUUCUCUUCUGCCUAACACAUCCCUCCAAUACGAUAUACAAUACGUUCCACCUGAUGAUUCUUUCCACGCAGCAAAGAAAGCAUGCCUUCAAGUAAGUGGAGGAGCUAGUGCCAUUUUCGGACCUCAAAGUUCUCUGCUCGGAGGCCACGUGCAGAGCCUUUGUGAUGCCCUUGACAUACCCCAUCUGGAGGCAAGACUGGAAGCUUCAGAGGCAUCGGAGGCCAGCAAAGAGUUCUCAAUCAAUCUUUUCCCUUCACCAUGGAUGCUGGGAAGGGCAAUUCGAGACUUGACUCGAUACCUUAAUUGGACCAAAGUGGCCGUCCUUUAUGAAGAAGACACUGCGCUUUUACCUCUUCAAGAGUUACUACGACUACCUGUGCCAAAGAAUGUGCAGUACGUCUUCCGGAAAACAGACAGGGAUGGAUUUCGGGACGUACUUAGGGACAUUAAAGGCAGGGGAAUCUACAGUAUCGUGGUGGACACAAGGCCGGAAAAUCUUCAUCAUCUACUUCAGACGAUCCUUCAAGUCCAAAUGAAUGACUACAAAUAUUAUUAUCAUUUUACAACAUUAGAUGUUGAGACCUACAAUUUAGAGGAUUUCCGUUACAACUUUGUAAAUAUGACUGCUUACCGAAUCGUUGAUUUGGAAAACUCAUCCGUUAAGAAGGUCCUAUUAGAUAUGGAAAAGUUUCAAUCUGUUGGACAGCACAUCCUAGAUAAAUCCAGUCUGAUAAAAACCGAACCAGCCUUGAUCUACGAUUCAGUGUACGCCUUAGCCUGGGGACUGAAUGCAUUGCAAGGUGGUGCUACACUCCGUCCGGCAAACGUGUCUUGCGAAGAAGAGGUGCCUUGGACGGAUGGAAGCAGCCUUUUCAACUAUAUUAAUGCAGUAGAGUUUCGAGGCUUGACGGGGAAAAUCCAGUUCAAAGAAGGAAGAAGAAGUAACUUGAAGUUGGAUUUAAUGAAACUCAGACAAAACAGCAUGGAUAAAGUUGGAGAAUGGUCAACGGGUCAAGGACUUAAUAUUACUAAUCAUGCAGCCUUUCAUGAGUUUGGAACAACCAACAUUACUUUGAGAGUUACAACUAUCGAGGCCAUUCCGUAUGUGAUGAUGAAAAACGAUUCUUCCGUGAAAGGCAAUGACCGUUUCCGUGGCUUCUGCAUCGACCUGCUGAAUGCUGUUGCAAAUCAACUUCAUUUCGAUUACGUAAUCUAUUUAGUUCCUGAUACGAAGUAUGGAGCCCCCGAUCCAACCACUGGUGAAUGGAACGGUAUGGUUAGGGAGCUCCUUCAGCAGUCCACUCCAUACGUGAUGUUAAAAGCAAACCGUAACCUGACGGGCAACGACCGGUUCGAAGGCUUCUGCAUCGAUCUCCUGAGGACUAUCAGUGAGCUGUUGGGGUUCAACUACGAUCUAUACUUGGUACCGGACAAUAAGUUUGGGGCGGAGAACACGAGUUCUGGGGAGUGGAGUGGACUCGUGAAAGAGAUUAUUGAGAAGAAUGCCGAUCUUGCUGUUGCACCGAUGACGAUUAAUUACGCUCGAGAGAGUGUCAUCGACUUCACUAAACCUUUCAUGAACCUCGGAAUAGGCAUCUUGUUCAAACUCCCCAAAAAUCUGCCGGUCCGUCUUUUUUCGUUCAUGAGCCCACUGGCGGUGGACAUAUGGCUGUAUGUGCUCGCCGCGUAUGUAGCAGUGAGUGGAACCCUGUUCGUCGUAGCCAGGUUCAGCCCUUACGAGUGGCAAAACCCGCACCCAUGUCUGGCAGAGGCAGAUGUUGUUGAAAACCAAUUCAGUCUUGGUAACAGCUUCUGGUUUACGAUUGUAACCUUGAUGCAUCAAGGUUGUGAUCUCAAUCCGAAAGCAACUUCAACUAGAAUUAUAGGUGCCCUCUGGUGGUUUUUCACGCUCAUUAUGAUUUCAUCUUACACUGCCAAUUUAGCAGCUUUCUUAACAGUUGAACGCAUGAUAACUCCUAUCGAAAGUGUGGAAGAUCUCGCAGAACAAAGCAAGAUUUCUUACGGUACUCUGGAAGGAGGAUCCACUAUGACUUUUUUCAGGGACUCAAAGAUAGAGACUUAUUUAAAGAUGUGGCGUUUCAUGGAAAGCCGUCCAGCCGUUUUCGUGGGUUCAUACGAAGAAGGAGUGCGAAGGGUUCUGGAAGGAAAUUACGCUUUUCUGAUGGAGUCCACCAUGCUUGACUAUAUGGUGCAAAGAGACUGCAAUCUCACGCAAGUUGGAGGACUUCUUGAUUCCAAAGGAUAUGGAAUAGCUACUCCUAUGGGUUCUCCAUGGAGGGACAAGAUAUCAUUAGCCAUCCUCGACUUACAGGAGAAAGGUGUCAUCCAAAUGCUCUACAACAAGUGGUGGAAAAGCCCUGGAAUCGCUUGUUAUCGGGACGAGAAGAAUAAAGACGGCAAAGCCAAUGCACUAGGUGCAGACAAUAUCGGAGGGGUGUUCGUUGUGCUACUCGUCGGCCUGGCUGUAGCCGUCCUCACAGCCGUCGGAGAGUUCUGUUGGCAUUCCAAGAAGAGCGCCCAGACGGCUAGGCAAUCCCUGUGUGCCGAAAUGGCGGAGGAGCUCCGGUUUGCCGUGAAGUGUCGUGCCUCCCGCCAGCGUCCAGCACUCCGCCGUCAAUGUUCCAAGUGCAUGCCGGGCAACACCUACGUGCCAGCUGCCAUGGAAGUGCCACAAGAGAAUGGCAUCCUCCAGAUGAUGGAGAUGAGGAAAACGCCCAUGCACUACGACUAUGAGUGCAUCGCGUCUUCUACUGUGGCACGUAAUACCAAUCUACUGGAACCACGCUUCGCCUACGCUAUUCCGUAUGUGAUGAUGAAAAACGAUUCUUCCGUGAAAGGCAAUGACCGUUUCCGUGGCUUCUGCAUCGACCUGCUGAAUGCUGUUGCAAAUCAACUUCAUUUCGAUUACGUAAUCUAUUUAGUUCCUGAUACGAAGUACGGAGCCCCCGAUCCAACCACUGGUGAAUGGAACGGUAUGGUUAGGGAGCUCCUUCAGCAGUCCACUCCAUACGUGAUGUUAAAAGCAAACCGUAACCUGACGGGCAACGACCGGUUCGAAGGCUUCUGCAUCGAUCUCCUGAGGACUAUCAGUGAGCUGUUGGGGUUCAACUACGAUCUAUACUUGGUACCGGACAAUAAGUUUGGGGCGGAGAACACGAGUUCUGGGGAGUGGAGUGGACUCGUGAAAGAGAUUAUUGAGAAGAAUGCCGAUCUUGCUGUUGCACCGAUGACGAUUAAUUACGCUCGAGAGAGUGUCAUCGACUUCACUAAACCUUUCAUGAACCUCGGAAUAGGCAUCUUGUUCAAACUCCCCAAAAAUCUGCCGGUCCGUCUUUUUUCGUUCAUGAGCCCACUGGCGGUGGACAUAUGGCUGUAUGUGCUCGCCGCGUAUGUAGCAGUGAGUGGAACCCUGUUCGUCGUAGCCAGGUUCAGCCCUUACGAGUGGCAAAACCCGCACCCAUGUCUGGCAGAGGCAGAUGUUGUUGAAAACCAAUUCAGUCUUGGUAACAGCUUCUGGUUUACGAUUGUAACCUUGAUGCAUCAAGGUUGUGAUCUCAAUCCGAAAGCAACUUCAACUAGAAUUAUAGGUGCCCUCUGGUGGUUUUUCACGCUCAUUAUGAUUUCAUCUUACACUGCCAAUUUAGCAGCUUUCUUAACAGUUGAACGCAUGAUAACUCCUAUCGAAAGUGUGGAAGAUCUCGCAGAACAAAGCAAGAUUUCUUACGGUACUCUGGAAGGAGGAUCCACUAUGACUUUUUUCAGGGACUCAAAGAUAGAGACUUAUUUAAAGAUGUGGCGUUUCAUGGAAAGCCGUCCAGCCGUUUUCGUGGGUUCAUACGAAGAAGGAGUGCGAAGGGUUCUGGAAGGAAAUUACGCUUUUCUGAUGGAGUCCACCAUGCUUGACUAUAUGGUGCAAAGAGACUGCAAUCUCACGCAAGUUGGAGGGCUUCUUGAUUCCAAAGGAUAUGGAAUAGCUACUCCUAUGGGUUCUCCAUGGAGGGACAAGAUAUCAUUAGCCAUCCUCGACUUACAGGAGAAAGGUGUCAUCCAAAUGCUCUACAACAAGUGGUGGAAAAGCCCUGGAAUCGCUUGUUAUCGGGACGAGAAGAAUAAAGACGGCAAAGCCAAUGCACUAGGUGCAGACAAUAUCGGAGGGGUGUUCGUUGUGCUACUCGUCGGCCUGGCUGUAGCCGUCCUGACAGCCGUCGGAGAGUUCUGUUGGCAUUCCAAGAAGAGCGCCCAGACGGCUAGGCAAUCCCUGUGUGCCGAAAUGGCGGAGGAGCUCCGGUUUGCCGUGAAGUGUCGUGCCUCCCGCCAGCGUCCAGCACUCCGCCGUCAAUGUUCCAAGUGCAUGCCGGGCAACACCUACGUGCCAGCUGCCAUGGAAGUGCCACAGGAGAAUGGCAUCCUCCAGAUGAUGGAGAUGAGGAAAACGCCCAUGCACUACGACUGUGGAGAUUCUUAG